AUGGACCGCUUCAGAGCCACCCUCUCGGCUCGUCCCCGUGCUGCGGGCGAGAGCUUGGAAGUCUACGCAGUGGAUGUGAGUCGCCUGGUGGCGGAGGCUUUCCCGGACUAUGGGGUCGUGGCGCGCAGAGAGGAGAAGUUUUGGCGCUUCCUCGCAGGUCUGGAUCCAGCGUUGAAGAGCAAGUGUUUGGAGCAAGGCGCCACUGAUUUAGAAGAGGCGCUGACUAUCGCGGAAAGAUGCGAAAACGCUAGAGAGGCGCUACAGAGGGACUGUGUGAGUAACUAUCCGUUCAAUCCCCAUGUUGCUGAGUCCAGAGCUGUGGUUCAGGCUGUUACGUCCAAUGACAGUUUAUAUAAGGCUGUGGAUCAAUUAAGCCAGGAGAUGCAUGCUAUGAGGAUGGAAAUGAAGAGUGUUUAUGAAGAAAACCAGAGACUCAGGAACAGUGAUAUGGGCCAGAGGCAGUUCGUGGGGCGCCGGUCUGGUUUUGGGGGACGUUGUGAGUGCACCUGCGGUGAGCCUGGCUGUCAAGGAAGGUGGGCAAUGCAGAGACGUCAAGGUCGCUCGCCCGAGCGCAGAGCUGUUUCCCCCCCUGGUAAUCUCGCUGCGCGCACCCCACAACGUACAGGCCAGUCUCCCGAGUUCCGUCCACCACGAAGCAGGAGUCCCAGCCCCGGAUGGCGUGCCCGUCGUGAGGAAGGAUCCUGGAGGCGUGGUGUUCAUUUCCAGCAGCAGAGUUCUCCCAGGGAUCCCGAGCAUCAGGGAAACUUCCAGUAG